AUGACUCUUGCAGGUGUUCCUGGUCAAAUGAAUUGGAUGCCACCUCCUCAGGCACCAAUGGGUUGUCCUCCUGGACUGGAGUAUUUAACUGCCAUUGAUCAAGUGCUUGUGCAACAGCAAAUUGAGCUUUUAGAAGGUACGUUGUCUGUGUAUUCUUCUAACUGUACCUAAACAACUUACAGAAGUUUGUAGUUUAUGCUUAGUCAUAUACAUGCUGUGGUUCAGUUUUAUCCUUGGUAUAAUUUUAAUUUUUCCUUGUUUCAAACUAGUUUAUCACACACAUUAUUAUACCCAAAAACAAAGGAAAAUAAAAUUCAAACCAAGGAAAAUGUAGACCACAUUAUAUAAUUAUAUACCUGUACAUGACUCAUGAUGCAAAGAAAGUCAGCCAGCAAAAGUAAUAGCCCAAAAGUCAUUCUAACUAGCUGGAACAAAAUUGCUGAUGAGCAGAACUCUCUGCUUAAAGUUCAUCUGUAAUUUGAAUUCCCCCCAAAAAAGCUUCACUUGCCCAUUGGGCAAGUUCAGAACCGAAUUCACUUAGCCUGGUAGCAUUAUCCACUAACCAUGGUGUUGUCGUCAUUUCACUGUUCUUCAAGAUUCAUUUGAUUCUCAGUGUGUCUCAGUAUUUUAACAAUUCAAGUUAAUUAGCAUUCACGCGUCGUAAUCGGGCUCGCCUCUUUUCCCUUCUACAUUUUGAGGAUUAAUAGAAUGAUUUGCUGAAAAAGGAAAAACCCAAAUAUCCUGAUGAGAAAUUCACUCAAAGGAUGAAAAACUCUUAGAAAAAACUACUUACACUAGCGUGAAUUGUCUCCGGGUCUUCGGUUUCUAAAUCUGAAUUUUUCUGUUCAUCUCAACUGCUAUCUCAAAACUGAAUUUUAAAACAUAGCGCUCGAAUGCAAAAAUACCCUUAGGGAAUUUAGGGGAUGCGUUGUUAUCGGCAACAGAUUUAAUUUAUAACACAUAGGGCUAUCGGACACUACUUUCUUUGCACGCUUAUGGCUGUGUAAAAUAAUAUAUUUUUGAAACUUUUGGUUUUCUGUUCAAAUAAAGAUCAAAAUCUAUCGCCAGGAGAAAAAUGAGCCUUUCUUACUUUUCGCAUGACAGCUCAUACCCUGAAAAUGUAGCCUCUGCUCACAGUGUAAAACAAAGGGGAAACCAGUAAAAAGACAUGGAGGACAAGUUUAUUCUUUUAGCUUGAAUUUUACUUAGCAUAAUUUAUGACCUUUUUCUAUAUUUAAAGCUUUUGUGGGAUUUGAGACCAACAACAAGUACAAGAUAUGUAAUUCCAUGGGUCAACAAGUCUACUUUGCUGCUGAAGGUAUGUUGAAUAAGUCAAGCAAUAUAUUAAUGUCUAGCUUGGGACCAGGCUCUGCAUUGUGGGAAGAAGGAGCAAAAAUCAGCAUUGGAUACUAUUUGUCUCGCUUCGCUCGCCGAUAGUUUUCCUGUUUGACCCCGUUUUUUGCCUUUUUCUCCCUCUGCGGAGCCCGGUUCCAGGCUACUUAAUGUCAUGUUUUGUUUGUUGUUUUUUUAAGAACUCUUUACAGCUGUAGCAAUUAUAUUGACAUAAGAUAUGCUUACAUAAAAUAAUUAUACUUAUGUAUCUUCAGACACCGACUGCUGUACUCGGCAAUGUUGUGGCCCUGGUCGUCCAUUUGAGAUGAAAAUUUUAGACAACAUGCAAAGAGAAGUCAUACACUUGUCCCGGCCCCUCCGGUGCCAGUGCUGCUGUUGUCCUUGCUGUCUUCAGGAAAUAGAAGUGCAGUCCCCACCCGGGACAGUCAUUGGAUACGUGGAACAAAAGUGAGCUAUUUUAACUGAGAUCCUUAGAGUAAAACUCAGAAAACUGUGAACACCUGAAAAAUUUCAGUUAUGUUGAUUGUGUAGUGACCAGAUUACAUUAAAGUUCAGGAUAACAUGCCAGCAAACCUUAAAACCACAAACUAGUUACUGUUGCUGUCUAAUGCAGUUCAGUUUUGUCGUGCCUUAUUGGCUUUUACCUUGCAACAUAUCAUAAAAAUUUCUGGCGUGUGAGUUUCACAAUACAUAAGUGUGUUCUCAUAGGCCAAGAUCUAGUUAGACUGUUCACAGUCCCCUAUUUUUCCGUGUGAUCGUCGAGAUCGAGCGCGUCUCACCAUUAAUGGCGGCCAUCUUGAUUUUUAUAUGUACCGAGGGGGCGGGCGUCGGGGAUUAUCGCCAAACCGUCCCCCGCCCCCUAAGUAGAUUUGAUACUCAUCCCCAGGUUAGACUCGGUACGACUGAAAAUCAAGAUGGCCGCCAUUAAUGGUAAGACGCGCUCGAUCUCGACAAUCACACGGAAAAAUAGGGGACUGUGAACAGUCUAAGAUCUAGUCUGGUAUUUAAAAUUACAAGAGGUACUAAAAAUUAAUUGAAGUGAGUAAUGCUAGUAUAAACAACUGCAUUUUAGAAUUGAGCUUCAGGAAGUUGACAUACUAUCCUAUAACUCUUCGGGCUUUGAAAGAAAUAAGUUUUGGCUGUUGUGGCAUGAUGUUACAAACUAAGGAAUAAUUAUUCUUCAUUGCCAACGUGAAAAGAAAGUAGUGUCCGAUAGCCCGGGGCUAGUGGAUUUUGCUAUCAGGCUAGUGAAUUCUGUUUUUAACUUGCCUGACGGGCAAGUGAUGUUUUUUGAGGAAUUCGAUGAACAGAAGAACUGUGAAAUCAAUUCUGCUAGUCAAAAAGUUUUUGGGGUUAGUUGAAAUGACGUCUGGGCUAGUAAAUGCUAGCUUUAGCUUGCCCGAAUGGCAAGCUGUAAAAAUGAUUUUCUUUGUGCCCUGAUUGCCAACAUGCAGUUUCUUGAAAUUUACCCAGAGCUUUUUAAACCCAUAGAUCUGGAUCCCAUCAUUAUAGUGAUGCUUGCGGUUACACAUGCAUUUGGGUCCUCCUUUUUUGAGGCUGCAAAUUUUUUUUUUGGCAUUGGGGGGAAGUAUUAGCCUGAUCAUGGUUCAUUGCCAAUAAUCAAUCAUGAAUGUUACGGUCUUGUGGUUCUUGCAUGAAAGGAGGUGGUUUUUGUGGCCAAUAUUUUUUACCCUGGCUGGCCAGUCAUUUAGGAAAACAUAUUUUGAUCAGUCUGGAGAAUAAAUUGCAUGUAGAUAUUGAGGCUCACCAUUUUAAUUAAUUAAUCUAUUUAUUUGUUUAAAUCAGGUGGACGUUGUGGAAAGCAAAGUUAGAAGUGCAAGAUGCGCAACGUCAGCACAUUAUGACGAUCAAUGGACCUUGCUGUCCUUGCAGCUGUGGCUCUGAUGUGGAAUUUCCUGUGAGUUGUUAGGUCAAAGAAAUAACCCUAUCAUUGAAAUAAUGUUAAAUUUUGUUUGCCACUGACUAUUUGUACAGUUGAUUAAAGACUUGUUGGCAAUCACGUAAUCUUUAAGUCCUAAUACAGGGCUGUGCUUUAGCAGAGCCCGGUGGCCCCUGGCGCCUAACUUUUGCCCUCAGGCGACCAGAAAAUCUCAGAUUUUUCAUAAAUAUCAUAUGCUGGGCACCCUAGAUUUGACAGUUUUANGUGGACGUUGUGGAAAGCAAAGUUAGAAGUGCAAGAUGCGCAACGUCAGCACAUUAUGACGAUCAAUGGACCUUGCUGUCCUUGCAGCUGUGGCUCUGAUGUGGAAUUUCCUGUGAGUUGUUAGGUCAAAGAAAUAACCCUAUCAUUGAAAUAAUGUUAAAUUUUGUUUGCCACUGACUAUUUGUACAGUUGAUUAAAGACUUGUUGGCAAUCACGUAAUCUUUAAGUCCUAAUACAGGGCUGUGCUUUAGCAGAGCCCGGUGGCCCCUGGCGCCUAACUUUUGCCCUCAGGCGACCAGAAAAUCUCAGAUUUUUCAUAAAUAUCAUAUGCUGGGCACCCUAGAUUUGACAGUUUUAGAGCACAAAGGGAAAAUUUUCUCAACUAAUUAGUAUAGGUAAUAGCAUGAUUUGAAGUGAUAUUUGGCAUAAAUACCACAAGUGAUAUUUCAAAAUUGUUCUACGUAAUUUCACGAGCCGUUAUGCGAGUGAAAUUUGAGACAAUUUUGAAAUAUCAAAAGUGGUAUGUAUGCCAAAUAUCACGUACAAAUCAUGCUAUUAUUUGUUUUAUACUACUACCUGCAAAAGGUUUGUAAUUUUCACAUGUAGGUAUUUCAAAUUAAGCUGAAAUAUUAGUAGUAUAAUAUGUAGUAGUAUAAGACAGUAUAUACAGUGUACUCACUCGGUAGUAUUUAUUCUGGAAAUUCUCGAGAACGGAACAUCGUUUCAACAAGUUCAAACACUUGUUGAAGAAAAGGGGGUCAUUAUUUCAUCUGAAAUAAAAAUAUUUCUUCUCUACCUGGCGAUACUUUUUCCUUGAUUUUAAUUAAAAUUAAAUUUGCAACCUUUCUUUGAAAAAAGAAGCUUACAAAGUGUUAACAACCUUUAUUCAACAUCUGAGUGACAUAAAGACUUUAUAUGACUGCAAAUUGGUGAAGAAAUCUGCACUGUUUUGGGCUUCAUCAGCUUCAUCCACUAUGGAAAAAACCUUUCUUCCAACAAGCCUUCGCUUUUGAGAAGCACAGUUUCUUCUAAAUAUUAUUUGGUCUCAAACAUUUGUUAGAAUUUGGCAUGGUAUUCAGAAAAUCGGGAAACCGAAACUCAAUAUUUCAAUGGAGCACUAAGUUCAAUUAUGAUUUCUACUUUGUGUACUAAUUAUAUUUUAUUUACGUUUUGUCGUUUUACAUUAGGUCAGUUCUGCGGAUGGCAGCAGUGAGAUUGGAAUGAUUUCCAAGCAAUGGUCUGGUUUUGCGCGAGAAUUUUUCACAGAUGCGGAGAAUUUUGGCAUUCGAUGUAAGGAAUGUUACCUAAAAUAUUAUCAAAAUAAGUCCUAUAAAUGCUUUAUAUGAUAGGACAUUUAGAUGACACAGUCGACAUCUGCCAAUUACGUUUCUUGACACAUUCUGCUGUAGACGUUAUACCACAGUUUACAGUGUAUGUGGAAUACUGGGACGGUAUAAAUGGCUUGUUCCACACUAAACAAGUUACAUGUACAAGCAGUGUUAGUUUCUUGUUUGUUUUCUUUUCCUGGGAAAGCCUACGUCACUAUUAGGCUUAGACACCAUGUCAAAAAUAUAAAAAAUGGCUGGAGGGGAAAUGAUGUUCUUCGACACACGCGAACGCUAGGAGCACACGAAAAAAAAACAAACAAACAAAAACAGGGAGAUCGUUUCUGUCCCAUUACAGGAGCGCGUAAAGUGACGCCUACUGUUCAGUACUUUUUCCAGCCUUUUUUUCUCGUAUUUAUAUUUGAUGAAUGCGUCAGGUGUGCUAGUGAUAUCACUCCGUACCCCUACAGUAGCCUGAGGGAGAGAACAGUUUUGGGGCGAAAAACGCAUCGUUUCCUUCCCUCACCCCACCCCCUGAGAACCUACUUACAGGGUACCUCUCUCCCUUCUUGCUCUUGUUUUGCUUCUUAUUUGUCGCGUUCCCUCCAGUUUGCGUUGAGAAAAAUAAAUAGGGAGCUUUAGCAAUGGCGACGGCAGCGAACACGUUACUUGUAAAAUGAAUUCGCGUCUCUUCAAACUUCGCUGAAAAUCAGGGGCACCCAACGGCAAUUUUCGGAAAAUAUCUGUUCGGAAGACGAUUUGAGAUCUAGAAUUUUCGGAACAUUUGUUGUAAAAUUUCUUGCUUGCCUACCUCUCCUAGGAUUUUCGAACAUCUACAAAAUGGUAUAAUUACCCAUUUUUAACGGAUUUUUACCCUAAAAAAGGCCAGCUAGAAUUUUCGGGAGCCUUUUCCUGGCUGAAAUUUUCGAAAAGGUAAGUUUUGAUGCCUAUAAUUUUCGGAUCACUAGACUUUCAGCUAGGAAAUCCGAACAGAUGAAACAUUUUUAGGGGAUAAAAAUGUGCCUUUUUUAUCUACCGUUUAAAUACUAAAAUACGUUCAACAAUGCUAUGUUAAGUGGUUUUGAACUAUAUCCUCGUUGGGUGCCCCUGGAAAAUAUCAAAUGAAGGCGAAAUUUUCAGGAAUUGAUUUCUUAGGGACCGCACUCAAGCUUAAAAAGACAAAGAAAAAUUCGUCGUGGCCUGUUUACGUCCAUUAUAAAACGUGCAAUUAGGCAUUUACGUCGUAGUCGUGUAGUGACGGCCAAGAAAUCAUGAUGCACAAAAACGCGUGAUGCACGUACAAAGUUGUUGCUUGCUAAUAAAAGCAGUUACCUUUUUUGCCGUCGUCAUUGUUAAAGCUCCCUAUUACAGAGGCUGUAAUCCGUCGGCUUAAAUAUUGUUCCAGUUUUUAUUAAAUCUGGGCUGGUGGCAAAACCAAAAAAACCACCUGUGAAAACCUAAAUGAGAGCAAAUAACUCUUUUCUCCCAAGUCCUGGCCGUUAACCAUUUCUCUUUAUUCAGUCCCUCUAGACUUGGAUGUCAAGUUCAAAGCCAUUUUAAUGGGAGCUUGUUUCCUUGUUGUAAGUAUUCAUGACAUAAUCGGUCCCUUUGACUGUAAGCAAGCCCUCUAUUUUGAGUGGCGAGGGAAGUCGUCCGCCAGAGAGCGCGCGAGUGAGCGGCUAGCCUGCGACCAAGCUCUCCAUUUGGGGGAUAUCGUGAAAAGUACACGCGCGAGAGGCACGCGAGAGGAGACGCGACUGCGGGCGCCGGCCCCUUCGCGGCUUCGCCGCUCGCUCGCGCGUUCUCGCGCGGCUCGCUUCGCUCGCCCAAAUAGGAGAGCUUGCUCGCAGGCUAGUGAGCGGCGUGUUACUUCUCGCACCCAAAUGGAGAGUUUGCUUACAGGCUACGUUGCCCAAGGCAGUUAAACGUCCACUCAUGUAAAUGAAAAUCGCGCUCACAUGUGGUUAAGGGUGCGUUCGAUUAACUUUAUUCUAAAAUAGUCGUUCUUGGUAGUUUGCAAUCACAUGACCAGGCGACCAUGUUGGUUGACAAAACAGUACAUUUUUGUUCGUAGAAUUUGCACGGAAAAAGAUAUUUAUCGUUGCCAGCGAAGGGGAAGGCUUUUGUUCAUGUCAACCAACCCGUUUUCAAAAAUAUCCCAAACGUGUGGACAUAGCAGGGCCUGACAUUUUGAGAUUGUACGUUUCACCAAUGGGGUUUAGAGUCGAAGAAAAGAUUUUAGCGCUCCUGCUUGGGCCUAUAAAAUCUGCGAGACAGCCGUUUUUAGUGUCGUCACGCAACGCUCGAUCCUCUUGUGGGAAGGAGCGUUGCGUGACGACACUAAAAACGGCUGUGUUGCCGACUAGUUUGGGCCACUCACUACAUGAUCAUCAACUAAUUAUGCCCCAUUCACACCAAAGCUUAUACAUGUUUUGUUAAACAGGGUUCAAAAUUGUUUCCUUAAUAAAAGCUGCUCACGGACUUUUAGCUAUUACAAAUUACGUGCAAAUUACAGAGUAAGUUAAAAUUUAGUGAAAUAUUGUGUAAAUGUCUGAGUUCCAGUUGUCCAUCACUGCUUUUCAUUUUUUAAAAUCUAGUUUAAUUAAACAGGUUUAGUUGAUGUGAAUGAGUUUUCCCACGGGUUAGGGGGUGGAGACGUAUGACAUUUCAAACUAAAUAUUUAUAUUUCUUUGGUUUGUUUGUUUCUCAGGAUUUUAUGUUCUUUGAACAUCAGAACAACAACAAUUGA